UGUUUAUGUUAUUUUAAACUUUAAAUGUUUCUAGUUUAUUAUUGCUUGACUUUCGUCUAAAGUUGUUUCAAAGACUUCAUUGGUACCGGGGGAGACAACACUCCACGCACAAAAUAACUAUUGUCAACAAUGCGCCUCCUCCCGACAGGAAUUUACACGCCGCUGCCGUGUUUCUUCUACGAAAAUGAAGAGCUAGAUCUAGAGUCAUUCAAAAAACAUGUCAGAUUUACUGCGGGAGCAGGAACUGUUCCUGUCGUUUCUGGAACCAUGGGAGAGGCUGUACAUCUUAGCCAUAUUGAACGAUCGCAACUCAUAACUGCAGCUAGAUCAGCACUAGACGAAAUCAAACUCUCCGAUAUGCCUGUUGUUGCUGGAGUCGGGGCUGCAAGUACUCGCGAAUCUAUCGAAUUGGCCAAAGAAGCAGCCGAAGCUGGUGCUGAUUUUGUCAUGGUGAUUCCGCCGGGAUACUAUGCUGGCGCAUUGCUGUCGGAUCCAAGUUCAAUUAAACAGUUUUUUAUUGAUAUUGCAGAGGCGUCACUCGUGCCAGUAAUGCUAUACAACUUCCCAGCCGUAUCGAAUGGGAUCGACUUAGAUAGCGACCUCAUCGUGGACGUUAUUAAGAACGCACCAAAUGUUUGUGGUGUGAAAUUAACGUGUGCUAAUGUUGGAAAGCUCACUCGCAUCAUGGCCCAAGUCAACAGUCCCAGCUUCCAAGCAGCAUAUCCCCGAAAAAACUCCGAAAUUCCUUUUCGCGCCAUCGAUGGAUUUAUUGAUUUCCUUCUUCCUUCAGUUGCUGUUGGUUCAUCGGGUGCAAUCAGUGGUCUCCCGAAUAUUGCUCCUAAAACUUGCGUUAAGCUAUGGAGGCUUUGCCAAUUCCUUGACGAUCCCAAGACAUACCAAGAGGCACAAAAAUUACAAAACAUCAUUUCCCUGGCAGAUGGAAUUGCCUUGAAGAUUGGGAUCACAGGAAUGAAAAAGCUCUUGAAUCUUCGUUUUGGGUACGGAGAUAAGCCAAGGCGUCCACUUACCCCUAUGACAGAGGCGAAAGCUAAGUCGGUCUUUGAGGAUCAAUUCUUCAAGAAUCUUUUAAAUUAUGAAGCUUCAAUAUAAUUCCUUCAUUCUUUAUUUCGUAAAGUAAAGACCGAAAGUAAGCAAAACAGCAU